AUGGUAGAAUCAGCAAAACCUUCAGGCGCUGCCUCAGAGAAAACUAUUAAACUCACUUAAUUAGACUCAGCUUGUGAGAUAUCAUUCAACAGUGGUCAUUAUCAGUUGGUUUUUGAUAAAACAGGAAAUGCAGAGGUAUUUUUCAGGUAUAAGGCUCAUCUAAUUGAAGUAAACAAACUGUCCAUUGGCAUCAGUAUUGGGAAAUAUACUAAAGAAGAAGCUCUUGAGUAGAUUAGAAGAGGAUUGGUGUAUUCAAUGAGAUCAGGAGAUAGAUUGGUACUAUUUUGUGGUAACAUCGCGCCUGACUUUAAGGCUACUAUGACUUCAGAUGCUAAGAACUUCCCAGCUGAAGUAGUUUUUAACUUCAAUGAGUGGAGAAAGGAAGAGAACUACAAAAAAAUUGUUAGAGCUGAUGAGGACCAUGACCUAAUGGGCAACAAAAAUAUGUUUUGGAUGAGCGAAAAAUUCGAUCUCAUUGUUCUACAGAACGAUGAUGAUGAGGAGACCAGACAAGAACUUAUUGAAAGAAUCCCUCACAUUGAAAGUUUUGAUAUCAUUAACAUUCAGCAAUGA